AUGUCCGAUGAUAGAUACGUGGAGCCUGACAGAUCCAUGGAGCUCAGUCUCUCUGGUUCUAUCUUGUUGCAAUUGCAAGACUCUUCAGAGAUUUCCUUACCGUCACUGAAGGUGCUGCAACUAAUAGAGGUCGAUGACUUGGAUGCAAAAUCCUUGGAUAUCCUUCUCUCUCGAUGCCCCAUUCUCGAAAAUUUGAAACUUUUCUAUACACACUAUUCUUUUGCUAUACUUCGGUUGCAAUCUUCCUUGUUGAAGCGGUUGGAAAUCACUAUUGACAAUGAUGCUGGGGGUUGCCUUGAAAUAGACGCACCAGGUCUCAAGUACCUUAGCCUAAGGAAUUUCACAUUUAGCAAUGCCGCUGCUGUAGGGAACUUGCCCAACGUGAAAAAAGCAGAUCUUGCUAGAUAUUCCACUCCUAAAAGUGAAUCUGUAUACCCUUUACUCAAUCUCCUCCGAAAUCUCUCUGGAAUUAAACAUUUAAAGAUGGGUUGUUCAAUAACAGAGGUGACUGAAGUUUUCAUUAUUUAUAUGUUUUUAUUAUAUAUAUACUGUGUACUAAUAUUACAUAAUCACUCGUCUAUGUACAAGUAGUGGCUAUUGGAUGCCCCUGUUUUAGAUAUUCCAGAAUAUUGCUAUUUGCUUCAUCUAAAGGUCGGUCUUCCCUCUUUCAACUUGCUUUUUCUGUUCAACAUGCUUCAGAAAUGUCCUAUGCUACAAACUCUCAUAAUUCACCAACGCAUGGUUUGUUCAGUUUAAAUAAAGAUUUGGUGCAUGUUGUGUUUUUGGUUUGGUUCUUCUGUGGCCUGUCCCUUGUUUCCAACAGGAACCACCACCAGUCAUUGAUAAGUCAUCUGCAUAUGGAUAUGGUUGGUAAAGCCUAAAACUGUUGCUAUGUGUCUCGAAUCACCUUCGUAUAUAUGGAUGGCUGGUAAAGCCUAAAAGUGUUCCUAAGUGUCUCGUAUCCCACUUGACCUUUAUUCACUUUAAAGCCAAUCAA